GCAUAACACGGACACUCGCCAUGUACUUAAAUUUUAUUAAACCACUAGCCCACUCCGGCUCCAAAUUUCGACCCUGCUUCUUGCUCUUCGCAAUCCAUUCAUGUUACUCAGUCAAUCAUCAUGUCAUCUGUUGGCAGUGUUCUCAUACGUCGGGGCGGCGAGUUGAUUUCCGCUCGGCUUCAAUCCCGCCAACAGCCUGCAACGCAAUUGCUGGGCUUCCUAGUUGUCAUUUUUACGGUCCUUACAUUUAGUAUGGCAAUAUUCUGGGUUGACUAUACCUGCACCCAGGUUAUUGGGACUCUGGCCGCGAUCGAAGGCUCGAACCCCAAUACCUAUAUUCGCCUCGAUCGCGAAGAUUCUAACGAUCCCUCCGAACCUCAUGAUCCCGAGACCAUGGCUGCAUCACCCACUAAGCCCAUCACUAGCGGGUUACGCUCGGCCAUUAACCACCUACGCGCCCGUGGUGGCAUCUGCUCGUGCUUCCGUGGAUUUCGUAUGUAUCUGGCCUUCACAACCCUCGACAUGGGUGUGGGCUUUCUACUUCCAGUGACUUUACCGGUUCCAAUCAACUCUCCCAUCAGUUCAUUUCUGGGGCUGUUCGUCGUUAGCAUGUUUCUGGCUACUUGGCACAUGGCUUGGGUUCAUCUUGUGAUCGCCGAUCAAUCUCCAAGGAGCUCCUACCGGCGUAUGCUUGGCCUCCGGCAUUGGCCUAGAACUGCUCCUGCGGCUGCUUUGUACAAUUUCCUAAUGUCCGUGACUUUCUCUCUGCCUACAGCCGCUGCAAGGCUCGCUGGCGGCACCGUCAUGGGCGUUGCUGGCAAUUGGAAAGAUACAGGGCGUCUCGAUUUCAUAGUCAUUAGCAUUCUCUCCGCUAUAUUUUAUCUAUUGGCUUCUAUUCCCGCCAGAGGAAUAUUCACUCGUGUGGCUGCCUCUAUGCUGCCCGAGGAGGAUGACCCUAUCGUGCCUUUCGACCGGCUUUUUGGCGGCAAGGUGAAACCCGAAAAUCUGGGUGGCAGCGGCAGGCUCAGCAUUCGAGAUGCCUGGACUAGCUUUGAAUGGGGGGCUCGCAUUCGCUACGUUAAAAUCAUCCUGAAGGCUUUUGCCAUUGAGGUUGCAAUAGGUGUAGUUGGGAUCCUUUUCUUCGGCCUAAUUUAGAUUUGCGAUUGCAUCUUCAUCACGAAGGAUUCCCAGUACUCGCAAUCUAUGCCCGUUCGCCAGACCAGAUACGUUUUCCACGAUGUUAUUUAUACUCCAGCUCGCGUCAAUAUCACACAGGGCGGAAAAUUCACCGGAAUACUACCAUGGCCGUCUCCUCUCAUGACAGCGACACUUCUCGCACCAUAACGACCCUUACGCAUUGCCUGAGGUACUCCGCUCAUCUCCAAACUACGGUAAAGCGAUGGACAGGAUCAGGAGAACUGCUUGUUUGGGUGAUGCAAGGUUAGUCAAGGACAUGCCCCACCAAUCUAUUGGACCGUGCUUUUGCUCAGCUCUUUUUGCAAAGGCAUAUCUUAACCGCUGAAAUGCCUUUGCACACCCCAGAACUACGUCAGUUGAAAGCUGACUAUAGCACAGUUGCCGCUUGGAUGGUCCGUGUUAUCCUCUAUCAGCAGAAUACCUGUGGAUGUCCUAGACGAAUGGGCUCU